CUCUCACCACUCCAAGUGCACGGGUGAAGGGCCCGCGUCGUCUGUGUGCCGUGUGUUUGAGUUCGAUUUUUUUGUUUAGCCGGCAUUUUCGGAUAAAGCAACCGAGACAAACAAAGUGCGAUUUUCAUUCACCGCAGGUUCUGGUGACAGUAAGUGCGUGUGUGUGUAAAGAAAAAAAAAUAAAAUAAUUGUUUGCGCAUAGCAAGAAGUGGUAUUAAUCAAAAUAGCCUUUCAACGGCCGGCGCAUAUCGAAAGCAUCUUUGACUUGCUAGUUGCAUAGACAAGUGAUCAGUGCCGGUGGUCAGUGAACCAGACCCGAUACAUCGAAAAGAAAGGAUUCAAACCGAUCCUUAGUGCCGCGGUAAACAAAAACAAACUACCAUCUUUUGCAGCAUCUCACGUCCAAGCAAGUCUACACAACACAAUCGUUUUGGUGGGUCGUAAAACGGUGACGAGCGCAAAGGGCACAGGGCACAGAGCAGUCAGUGAACGUGAAAACAAGCAAAGGAAAAGAAAAGGAAAAAAGGAAUACACACAAACGACCAGUGAAGCGGUAAGAAAUAUAUCGUAAAACGAUAGUGUAAAACGGAGGAAAGAAAAAAGCCUGUCAAGACGCACCAGGAAACACAAAACGAUCGAAAAACUCGUUUUUCAUUGCGAGCCAGCGCGCGCGUGUGUGUAAGUUGCGGUAUGAAAGAGUGUACGAGUGUGCGUGCGCGUCGUGUUUGAUUUAGGCCUCACGCUUGUAACGAUCGCCGUUGGUGGGAAGGAGACCGAGCGCGACCACAAAACACGUCUGCCAGAGUGAGAAAAAGCAAAAGAGUGAGCGAGCAAACGGUGCGGUGAGCGCGUUCUGAUCGAAGCAGGGCUUGCAGCAAUCCAGCCGCGAUCGAUCAAGAUUAUGCUUAAUUUCUUUCUCGUUCUUUUCGUUGGCGAUCAAUGAAACCCGUCCCCGUGUUGGUGUGUGCAGAAUUGAUGAAACAAGCAACAUAUCACAGGCAAGCAAUAAAGUAAAUUAAAAAAAGAAACACCAAAAACCAAACACGAGCGACAAAAAAAGUGCCUUUUAUGAGAAAUUGUGCCCGCGUUAAGUAAAGUGCAACGUGACGAUAAGUUGUUCUCUUGUGCAACCCAAACUGCACGUACCCGUGUGUUUGUGCCCGGGGUGUAUCUGUGCCGUGGAUGUGUUUUAUAUUGAAUUACAACAAAAAAAAGUGAUACUGAAAAGUGCAAACAACACACAAAGCGAGAUGAAAUUUGAUUCGUUCGUUUAAUAAAAAGAAAAGGAAAGAGUAAGAAGUGCUAUUUGUCUCCUGGGUGCAGGGCAGUUUGGUCUCGUUUCGAUGUCGAAAUCUGUCGCCCUUUAUUUUAUUAUUUGCUGAGGUAGAGGAAAAAACAGCGACAGCAAAACAAUAAAGCAACACAGUCCCCUAACUUGUGCGGCAAACAAGAAGCGCGUGAUCGCGUUUUUGUCGAUCGAGGAAAAAGAAAAGCGAAACCGAGAUACAUUGAAGGUGCAAUUAUAUAGGCUCACGCCAGCACACCCAAAGCGUGCACCAGGGAAAACUGCCCAACUAAAAGCGAACAAAAGAAUCGCGCGAGACCGAUCGGCCGAUGCAGUGGACCGUUGCCCAGUCAUAACAGAACACACCGGCAGAGUGAGUUGAGUGUGUGCCGCCAGCGAGCGCGACUUGGAAGCAAAACAAUUGUGAGAGAAUACGGCAGCAGAGGAGUGAUCACCAAGGGCCAGAAUGGAAGCGAACAGGCGGUAACAUUUGCUCUUGCUGAAUGUUAGACCUAAUGAUCGCUGUGGCUCACAGACAGGCUGUGUGUGUGUGAAUGUUUGAGAGUUCAACGUAUAGAAAUGAGUGUAGCUUUGUGCGACUAACCGCAAACCGAUCACUUCCAUCGCACGAUCUCUCAGGCAAGUGAAGAGCGAAUUAGCCAAUUCCAUUGUAGUACCUGUGCCCCGUCUAAACGAAACGUGUGCCCCGAGAAGCGGCACAAGUGCCCGAAGAUGUUGGACACGAUAAGCAGGAGACGGAAGGACGACGAACAACCACACACAACGAACGGUGGUGGUAGGAGGCUGCCGCUACGCAGUACCCACCGGACGAUGCACCUGACGGAAGGCGUUCUAGCGGCAGCAGCACUGUUCAUCAUCAGUCAGUGCGUCGUACGCGUUGACAGUUGGGUGCCAGAUGUCCAGAGCAAGAUACGCAUCCCAUACGAUGCUACCGUGCCGUCCUUUUUCGGCAACAGUACCGAUUACUUCAAGCUGCUGGAUGCGAACGAGCAGUACAUACUGAUCGGCGCCCGGAAUGCGGUGUACAACAUCUCGAUCGAUCGGCUGGUGGAGCUGCCGGGCCAGCGGAUCAGCUGGCCAUCGUCCGACGCCCACCGGGAGCUGUGCACGCUAAAGGGCAAGCACGAGCAGGACUGCCAGAACUACAUCCGCGUGUUUGCGCGCAUCAAUGCGAACCGCAUCAUGGUGUGCGGGACGAACUCGUUCAAACCGCUGUGCCGCUACUACAACGUCCUGCCGGGCAAUGGGUCGCUGGUGUACGAUAACAACGAGCUGGAAGCGCAGGGCCGCUGCCCGUACAAUCCGCAGCAUAACAGCACGUACGUGUACACCGAUGGGCAGCUGUACUCGGCUACGGUGGCGGACUUUUCCGGCGCGGACGCGCUGAUCUACCGGGAGCCGCAGCGGACGGAGCAGUUUGACAGCAAGCAGCUCAACCAGCCCGCGUUUGUCAGCGCGAUCGAGUACAACGGGUACGUGAUGUUUUUCUACCGCGAGGUCGCGAUGGAGUACAUGAACUGCGGCAAGGCCAUCUACUCCCGGGUGAGCCGGGUGUGCAAGAACGAUAAGGGUGGACCGUACCCGUUCCAGGACAAGUGGACCUCAUUCCUGAAGGCACGCCUAAACUGCUCCAUUCCCGGCGAAUAUCCGUUCUACUUCGAUGAGCUUCAGGCGACCACGAACGCGAUCAGCGGCACGUACGGCGGUGUGCGGAACAAGAUCAUCUACGGCAUUAUGACGACGCCGGAAAACGCCAUCGGCGGAUCGGCCGUGUGUGCCUUCUCGGUGGAGGACAUCAUGGAAGCGUUCGAGGGACCGUUCAAGGCGCAGCGCGACAUCCAUUCGAACUGGCUGCAGGUGCCGCCGAGCGCGGUGCCCGAACCGCGCCCGGGCAAGUGUGUGGACGAUAGCCGUACGCUGCCGAAGGCGCUGGUCAACUUCGUCAAGACGAACAACCUGAUGGACAGCUCGGUACCGUCGGUACACUCGCGGCCCGUCUUUACGCGCGUCAGCCUGUACUAUCGCCUCUCGGCGAUUGCGGUCGAUCCGCAGGUGAAGGCACUGGACGGCCAGCGGUACGAUGUGAUCUUUGUCGGCACGAACGACGGCAAGGUGAUCAAGUUCGUGAACAUCCUGUCGGCCAACACGUCGGACGAUGUGCGUACGGUGGUGAUCAGCGAGACGCAAGCGUUCCCGCCCGGUACGAAGAUCAACGAGAUGACGAUUUCGAAGAAGAACGCGGCCCUGAUCGUGAUCAGCAGCGGGAAGAUCAUUUCACUGCCGCUGCACACCUGCAACGAGCACAGCUUCAAGACGUGCCGCAAGUGUUUGGAUCUGCAGGAUCCGUACUGUGCGUGGGACGACCUGAAUCGGGACUGCAAACCGAUCGACGAGGUGCAUGCGUCCGGGGCGCCAAUCGAUCAGUUCUACCAGCGGUUGGAUGGGGAGCGCAUCGGGGAGAUUUGCAGGAAGUACGACCAUCAGGAGCCGACGGUGCACACGUACGAGGAUAACGAUGUGUACACGCGGGUGGAUGGGUCCGGGGCGGUGGAAAAGCCGGACAAAUCGUUCGACCAGCGCAAUGUGCUGAUCGUGCACGCGAACCAUGGUACGGUGUCGUCGGUGGGGCCGGAAGAUAUCGACAACGAGAUAUCGAUGUCGUCGGUGGAAGGUGACGAGCAAAUGAACCGGAUCAUCAAUACGCUGCAGUACCAGCCGAAGCCGGAUACAUUCGUGAAGCAAAAUGUGCUAUCGGCAACACCGAACCUGAUAUCGCUACUGUUAGGUUUCAUCGUGACCGUGAUGGUGAGCGUUGGAGUGGGCUGUCUCUUCAUGCGCCACCUAAUGCUGAAGAAAGGGCAGGGAGGAUGCGAGCACCGCAAUCAGCUGCACUGGCAAAGCGGCAAAAGCCUCUCGAUGCUGUCCCAGACGCGCACGAGCGGCAAGGACGUGAACCUGCUGAUGAACACGACCAACCAGUACCACACGCAGCAGCAAGCGAUCGUGCAGCAGCUGCAGCAGCACCAUCAGAACAACUGCAAGGAUAAUAUCGACUUUGACUACAAGGACCGCAGCGUGGAGUGCAAAAACUCGACGGAAAAUCUUGAGAAGGACAUCAGCAAAGGGAUGGGCACGCUGCAGAAGACUCGCCACUUGAAGACGUUUAAACCGUAAAACAAGGGAAACGAGCCCGUUCAGACCGAACCAAGUGUCAAUUUUGAUGCACUCCAAUAGCGCUCGGGGAAGCAUCCGCAAGAGAGUGUGUCUGUGUGUUUGUAACCUGCAUGCAAAAAACGAAAUAUGCCAACCAAAACCGAAAUCGAAGAGAAGCAGCUCGUGCGAAGUCAGCUUUUUUCUUCUAUAUUGUAAAUGUGUGCCCCCCAACCAGAAGACGGUAGUCAGUCCAGUUUUGAUCGAGGAAAGUGACACGAGAGUGAGACUGUGUGCCUAGCACGAAAACAGACGAAGAAUCCUCCCAUUGCAAAGUCCUUUAUUUGGUGCGUUGAUGAGAUGAAACGCACCUCCCCCCCCCCCCCCUUUGCACAGAAAGUGCCUCCAGCGCCGGUUGUUGUGGGUUGGCAGGGCAGGGAGGGGGAGCCAGCUGAACGAACACCCCCGCCUUCCCAGCGUCUAGCGUCAACGUUCUGCAACUGCGAAUUCGUUCUUGCGAAAACUUAUGCGUUCCAAUCAAAAAGCGAGCCGAGCUCGCGUCGUUUAGGAGAUAAGAAGGUAAACAAAAAAUUGUAAAAAACAUACAGUAUCCCCACGAAAGGAUACGAACGGGGACGGGCAGGGUGGUCCAGCAUCCCCUCGGGCGUGUCCCCCCCUUUAUCACAUGCGAGAGUUGAGCUGCCAGGAGGAAGAGAGGCAGUAUGGUGACGAUAUUUGAACAAUUCUUUUCAUUACAUUAAUGACCAUUAAUUUCGAGUAAGCUUAGGGCAGGUAGAGAUUAAAGCGAAGGAUUCCCUGUACAGAGUAAAGGAAAAGAAAGGAAAAAAGCCCGCGAUAAUAGGACCUAUCAGUAGCGCAGCGUACGAGCAAUACAGAUCGCGCUGUAAUGUUAGUGAAUGUUUUUUUAAACUUCUUUAUACAAUAUCGAUGAUAAUGGAUAAUGUUAUGUUACAAUGAAGCUCUCCCACGUCUAUAGGUUAAUAACGAUAUCAUUAUGUCGACCGUAAACAAUUACAGCUGUACAAACGAAACAAAAACCGAAACCGAUUACAAAUAGCUAUGAAGCAGAGGAUGUCCGUAUUUCCAAACUCCAAGGGGAGCAAUGUUCGGCGCUAACGUUGAUACGUUUUAUUUAAUUAUUUUGCUCAAGAAUCUCUGUCAAGAAACAGUACUGAAUGUACUGUUGGUGCAAGCAAAUGCUGACAAAAAAAAAUACUCCUUCAACUGUUACACGUGUUUAGCCGUUUCGUUUCGGAUACGUUCGGUACGUUUGUGUUUGUUUGUUUAUUGUUUUUUUUUUUAAAUCGUAUUAGCCCACCUUAUUUUUUGUUCUGUUUUACACUUUGAAACAACAAACGUCCGAAGGAACAAACGAGCAAGCAACACAGUGGCUUUAAGUUUUAAGCGUGAGAUGAAUUAAUGUAUGCCAUGUUGAUUGCAAAACCCAACAAAUAGGCAGCAAACACGUGAUGCAUCACACGAAUGCUUGCAAUAAUAGUGGAACAAAAACAUAGAUACGUCAUUUAUACAGUAACGGAAACAUUAUAAUAGGAAUAGGCAUUUGCGCGCUAGCCGAUGAAGGAUGUAGUGAUAAAAAAAGGCAAUGGAACACGGCGAUAAGCCUAAGGAGAAUGGAGAAGGAUGGCGAAACAGGCGAAACAAUGUGAUAAAAAUGAGUAUUUUAAUUAUUUUUUUUCGAGCCUCAACGUCUUCUCCAAAACGAUUGUAAACGAUUAUGUGUGUGUGUGUGCGCGAGAAUUGUAUGGAUGUGUUUUAGUGUAGUAAGUGUAUGUGUGUGUAUGUGUACGUGUAUGUGUGCGUGAGCGUAAUAAUUGUUACAACUUGCAGUAGCUAGUAGGGACGACGUAACGCUGAUUUUAAUAGUGAAAGAGCUGCCGCCUCAUGUCAUUAGUAAAAGAGCUUAUGCAGAAAUGUGCCCAACCCUUCCCUGAACAGUUCUGAGUUUAACUAUUUAAAUAAGCAAAACAACAACAAAAACAAUAUGCCUUCAACAGACUUUCCGGAGAAAAGAUACUCCACGAGCACGAGGGCAAACGACGCUUGCUCUCCUGGACAGUGUUUUUGGGAUUCCAAUUAGUGCCUGGUGGUAUAAGCUGCAAGCAAAACAAAGGAUACCAACAAGCAGCAGUUAAUAGCAAACAAAUGAGUCUUUUGGAGGGGCUACCGGCUAAUUAGCGAUAAGGUGAAAAGUGCAACUAGCGAUAGUAAUAACUAGCAAUAGGGAAUAUAAGGAAGGAACAGAUAAGAUAAGGAAUUCGUAACAGACUCUCAACAAUCAGUGAAAAGUCCAUCGAUAGCGUUUGAAAGCGAUAUACAUGAUGCAAACAUAGUAAUGGUAAACAGCCCGUGGUCUUACUGUAAAUAUACUUGGACGAUCGAAAUAAAAAGUGAAUAAAUUGUGA